AUGUCCCCGAGCACAGACACCCCGGUCUCCAAGCUCGGCUCAUUCGCCGCCGCCGGCGCGGCCGCGUGCGUCGCUGUCACCUUCACCAACCCGAUCGAAACCGUGAAGACGCGCCUGCAGCUCCAGGGCGAGCUGGUCGCUGGGGUUUCUCGCCUCUACUCCGGCCCAGCCCAGGCUGUUUCUCUCAUAUACCGUACCGAGGGCCUGCGUGGCCUCCAGCAGGGCCUGGCCUGUGCAUAUGCAUACCAGAUCUUGCUGAAUGGCUCCCGCUUGGGCCUCUACGACCCUUUGCGUGCAGCCCUGGGUGGCUGUGUGCUCAGCGAUCGCCGCACCUAUGGCACCGCCGCCCUCGCCGUGAAUGCGACUGCCGGUGCAGCAGCCGGCAUGAUCGGCGCGGCCCUGGGGUCGCCGCUGCAGCUCGUCAAGACCCGCAUGCAGGCCCUGGCCCACGGCGGUGCCCCGCUGCCGGCCGCCUGGCCGACGCUAGUAGCGCUUUUCAAGGACCGUGGCGUGCGCGGCCUCUACCAAGGCGUCGACGCGGCACUGCUCCGUACAGGCGUCGGUUCCGCCGUCCAGCUGGCCGUGUACUCCCACGCCAAGGAGGCGCUCAGCCGCCACGUGCCCGACGGCAUGGCCCUCUACACACUGGCGUCCGCGCUGUCCAGCGUCGCCGUCUGCAUUGCCAUGAACCCGUUCGACGUGGCGAUGACUCGCAUGUACCAUCACCGCGGCGGUCUCUACCGCGGCCCCCUGGACUGCCUCUGCAAGACAGUCCGCCAAGAAGGCUUCUCCGCGCUGUAUAAAGGCCAUCUGGCCCAGCUGCUGCGGAUUGCGCCCCACACUAUACUCUGCUUGACGCUGAUGGAGCAGGCGUUGCGCGUGGUCCGUCUGGUGGAGAACCGUCUCCCGCAAAUACGCCCGUAA